UCUGACACUGUGGCUAUGGAAACGGAGGAUGAAGACCCAGAGGAAGCGGAAGCGUCUGGAUGAUACGUCCAAGCACCGUUUGACCAUGCCUUCCGUCAACAUUCAUCUGAUCGUGUUCCUUGGUUUCUGCACUCAAAUGGCCUUCACCGACUGUCCCCGUCUUUGCGACUGCAAGUGGAAGAACGGCAAGGAGUCCGUCAUCUGUCUCAAUGCUAAUCUGAUAGUCGUACCCCUACAUUUGGACACCGGCGUACAAGUUUUAGACCUGACCGGCAACAACUUGUCAGUAAUCAAGCACGAGGAGUUCAGCAACGCUGGCCUGAUCAACUUACAGAAGGUUUACAUAGCGAAAUGCCGACUAAAAUCGAUAGAACGUUACGCUUUCAAAAACCUAAUAAAUUUAGUCGAAUUAGACUUGAGCUACAACGCUCUGACGCAAAUUCCGUCGCACACCUUCGACAGCAUUCCGGAACUUAGGGAUUUAAAACUGAACGGCAACCCCAUACAAAAAAUACAAAACAACGCCUUCCUCAACAUCCCCCAACUGAACAGACUGGAGCUAACCGACUGUAAAAUAUCAACCGUCGAACCAAAGGCCUUCCACGCGGUGGAAAAGUCAUUAGAGUACUUAAAAUUGGACAAAAACAAACUGAACACGGUUCAUCCUAAAUCCAUAACGGUACUGCAAAGUCUUCAUGGCAUCGAACUGGCAUCCAACCCCUGGAAUUGCUCCUGCCAGCUGCGUCCCGUGCGUGAAUGGAUGCUGAGGCAGAACGUACCUUUCGGCGUGCCACCUGUGUGCCAGUCGCCGAAGAGGUUGAGCCAGAAGUCGUGGGACAAACUAGAUUUGGACGAGUUCGCGUGCGCUCCUGAAAUAUUCGCCUAUCAGGAAAAGACCACUGGCAUAGAAGGGAAAAACAUCACCAUAGCUUGCAGGACUGAAGGAAUUCCGGAACCUAGUGUAAGGUGGAUGCAUAGGAACAAAAUUAUAGCUAAUUUGUCUGGGUCUCAUUAUACCGGUGGUAAAAAAUUGUAUGUGGUACAUCUGGACAGGAAUUCUAGUGACUUGACGAUACUAAGUGCUGAUUUACAAGACGCUGGUACUUACGUGUGUUCGGCUGAGAACAAAGCGGGACGGGCCGAGGCGAGUGUGGUUUUGGCAAUGACAAAGAAACAAGUAGAUAACACGGUGGGAAGUAAUAUAAUCGUUGCUAGUGUAAUAACCGGUGUACUAUUUGUAAUUAUCUCGUGUGUAAUAGCUGUGACCUUAGUAAUGAUGAAAAAGAAACAAGUACUCAGGUGGCGGAAUCGUGAAAGCCGACGCGAAGACAAUUAUGAAAAGAUCGAAAUGCAUCACAAAGUGGUUCCGGAUGCCAACGGUGGUGUUUUGCAGGAACAAGUCUUGGUGACGAGUCGCAAGAACGGGGAGUAUAGGGUGGUUCCAUGCGGUGAUACGGACCAGGAAAACGAGGAGGACGAGGACGUAAUAGAGGAGAAGGCUGAGGUUUCGAAAAGUUGGGUCAAAGAGGAGGAGAAAAAGUGGAACUCACCGGAACACCUUUUGGAUCCGGAAGAUCUGCAUAUCCCACGGAGGACGCUGCAAGAAACUAGAGACAAGAAAGCCUUGGUUACAACAUCUGGUACAUAUAAUUUGUACCAACCGUCAACUUCUUCCAUGUCUCAGAUUCCAGCUGCUCCUACGGUUUACCAACAUCCAAUGCAGAACUUUAACUAUCGACCACCGCUUCAAGUGCAACCGAUUUACGCUACUACUUACAACUCGGAACUGUCUUGUUUGUCUGAGGAACAAUCGUAUCCAGAUGUAAUUGGAAACUCCACAACUAGAUUGAAUAGGCCAGUAGGCAAAGCAAAUAGUGAAGGUGGAAGUGUGACUGAUAUAACCCAAUUAUUCUGCACGUUGCCGAGGAAGAAAACAGUAAAACACAGCUCGAGGUACCACAGUACUGACAGUCAGUCUCCUCUUUUGCCCGAAAGUAGAUAUAACAGUAGCGGUGGUGAAAGCAGCUACGGUAGCCAGGAGAACAAUUGCAGGAAACUACCUGAAGUCCCCAAACACUCCAAUUUAAACAGAAACAGGGUAAACAAAAUAUCUAGUAGUUAUUUAAACUUAACCAAGGAGGACAAUUCGACCCCAUUAUUGGACGUAACGGGGUUGGAGAAACGAGUAAUGUACAAGAGAGAAAAUACAUCUACAAAUGCGACACUCACUCCAAACGCCAAUUCUUACGAUCAUCACGCAGCACAAUUGGAAAAGUUCCUUGAAGAGUACAGACAAUUGCACAAACAGUUGACGAAAAUGAAGCAGACCUGCGACAAUUUAAAAUUAGAACGAAGUCAAUUAUUGCAUUCGAAUUCGCCGAGCACACCCUCGAGUUCAGAUGAUACAGCCAAAGCCAAUCCUGAUAACAAUCCCUUAUCACCCAAUUCAAACCAGUCUUUGGAAGAUUCUGUGGAGUUUAAAAAUUUCGAAAACGAACUGACAAAAUAUUUGAUGUCGAAAAGCACAUCACCACACGGCUUCAGUUCGGGACUGUUGAAUUCUUAAAAUUAAACUCCCUGACCAAAAACUGUAAAGCAAUAACAAUAAAAAUUGAGUCGAAUUUAAAACCGAAUUGCACACACAUACCUUCUGAAAAGUUUUUAGCGGUGCCAUUAAAUUUAUAAAACCGCUUAUUGCUUUUCGUUUAGUUUUAACUCUCGACUGCGGCAAUUUCACUUCUGCUUUUACGAUUUCAAAAGACGAAUUCUUCAGUGGUGCACAAUAGUUGAAUUUAAUAAGUUUUAUGUGAGAAACAGACGGACUUUAGUUACUGCAAUUGCUGGAAAAAUAUUAACAGUUAAUGUUUAUGUAAGGAGAUUUUAAGUUUUUAUUGUACUUCUCAGCUGCAUUCUUAAUUAUAAAAUUUAUUUAUAUUAAUUUAUUCAAAGAAUUGUAUGUCGAAUUUUAUGGCAUUUUAACAAAAGCUAACUAAAUAAUUUAUAUUCCUGUAUGAUACUGUGGCAUUUAUAAUUAAAUUGACUUUCAUAAAGUUGUGCAGUUGAUUACGCUGCAUAUUAAAUUUGUUAUUCGCAACAAAAUAAAACUGUGCCGCCAUAAAAACUUGAACCUAAUUAAACAUUAUAAUUAACACCUUCAUUCUCAUUAUCCAGUUUUUAACACAUGAAACAUGAAAACGUCCUAGUUUUCCCAACUAAUACCGAUAACAACCAAAAGCAUUAUCUACAAGUUUGCCUAUUAAUCUGACUAAAAUUCCUAUUGCCACAAUCUUUUUAUCUCUGUCCUGAAAUAAUUAUAAUACGUAGUUAAUGGAUAGAAACGAACACAUUCAUAUCUGAUGUUAAUACGUACAUAUUAGUGUUAUUUUCGUGUUACACGGAAAACACACCUUGACAUAUGCAAAUUAAAUAAAAAAACUGAUCUGAAAUAAUACGCGUUGUUUUAUAAAAUACUCGGCGAUCUGAUUUGCAGGAUUAUACGCAUAAGGGCAAAAUCAAUUCACGCAUGCAACUCAACUUGAGGGUUAAUUGAGAGAUUUUUCUGUUGAUUUUUAUUAUUCAUGCGAAUUGUGGAAUGAAAUCUGAUUUUUUGUUGUUGGAGAUCUGAAAUAAAUUUUCAUUUACUACCUUAAAAUGUUUUGAAUACAGUAAGAAUUAUGGAAAAUGCAGCAAAAUGGUGUUUUGCUGGAAUUAAUUAAAACUGUGUAAUUAAAUUGAAUAAACUACAUCUUAUUGAUAACUCACUUUUAUGAUUUUCUAAGGUAAAUUUAAAAGAAUUUGUAUGAUAGCUUAGAGAACUUGAACUCUUGUAAAAACCUAAAAAUAACUCGUAAUGUUAAUAUGUUUAUAUGUAAAUAAAAUUAUUUAUUUGGAAAUCUGAAUUAUCUGACCAAGUUUAGUAAACACAAUUGUGCAGCAACAAAAACAUAAUUAUUGAUAUUAGAUGAUCCUUUCCUUAAUAUAAUCAUUGUUACCAUAAUGUUCCAUUAUUUAUACAACUGUUUUGAUGUAAAAUUUAUUAUUUUUGGAACCGUUUGUGCAUGUAUUUAAUUUACGAAGCAUAUAGAUGUAUAUUUCUCAUUGUACAUAAUUGUUAUAUAAUAAACUAAUGAAUGUUUAUAAAAAUUUAGAAUAGACGAAUUUUCUUAAAAGUUAUGUCAUAUUCUAUUAAAUAAUAUGUACUAAUUAUGUAAAACUAUAAAUGUUAGAAAAAAUCGCAUAUAAGAUUAUACACAAUAACCACAAAAUAAGAUAUUAAAAAACUUAUCUCAAGUUUAUCAAAUAUACGACUAUCGUAAAUGACAUAGCUUUUGAUAACAAACUAGAAUAAAUUUGUGAUAUUAUAUGGUAGAUGGAUCUAAAAGUUGUUUAAGUUUUGUUAUAUUUAUGUACACAUAUCCCUAAA